AGAAAGCAGGACUGUUUCGUAACUGUUCUUAUCCUUCAGGUCAGAAUAACUAUUUUUUGACAAGUUACAGAAGUGGAGAAAUGGCAAGCCUGAAAAACGUUGUAAUGCUAUUUCGCUGUAAAAAUUGUCUUAGAUUGGCAAGUGGCAGAUCUCUAUCGACAUCUGCAGCAACUCAAACAAAAGCAAAAGAUAGCACUUCCAAAUAUGCUCCAUUUGAAUGGAGAGAUGCAUUAAGACUAGAAAGUCAACUGACAGAUGAAGAGAAAAUGGUUAGAGAUCAGUUUGAAAGUUAUUGUACUGAAAAGUUGAUGCCGAGAAUAUUACUUGCCAAUAGAAAUGAAGUAUUUGACCCCAAAAUAAUGAAAGAAAUGGGUGAAUUAGGAGUAUUAGGACCUACUAUUAAAGGAUAUGGUUGUGCUGGAUUAUCAUCAGUAGGCUAUGGUUUGAUAACUAGAGAAUUAGAAAGAGUAGACAGUAGUUAUAGAUCAGCUAUGAGUGUACAGUCUAGUUUAGUUAUGUGGCCGAUUUAUGCUUAUGGUACAGAAGAACAGAAAGAGAAAUAUAUCCCUAAAUUAGCUAAAGGUGAUCUUAUUGGAUGUUUUGGUCUAACAGAACCUAAUCAUGGUAGUGAUCCAGCUUCCAUGGAAACAAGGGCUGUACAUAAUAGUAGUAAAAAAUCUUUCACUCUUAAUGGUUCCAAAUCAUGGAUCACUAAUUCUCCUAUAGCUGACGUGUUUGUUGUGUGGGGAAAAUUAGAUUCUGAUAAAAACAGAAUUAGAGGGUUUAUUCUAGAGAAGGGAAUGAAGGGACUAUCAGCACCUAAAAUUGAAGGUAAAUUCUCAUUACGAGCCAGUAUUACAGGUCAGAUUGUUAUGGAAGAUGUGGAGGUUCCUGAAGAGAAUCUUCUACCUCAUGCUGCUGGAUUAGGCGGACCAUUUGGAUGUUUAAACAAUGCAAGGUAUGGUAUUGCCUGGGGAACACUUGGUGCUGCAGAGUUUUGUUUAGAGACAGCCAGACAGUAUUUACUAGACAGAAAACAAUUUGGUCGACCGCUAGCUAAAAAUCAGUUAUUACAAAAGAAAAUGGCCGACAUGUUGACAGAAAUAUCACUUGGUUUACAGUCUUGUGUACAAGUUGGUAGAUUGAAGGAUGAAGGAAAUGCAUCACCAGAAAUGAUAUCAUUGAUAAAGCGUAAUUCAUGUGGUAAAUCAUUAGAUAUAGCGAGAAUGGCUAGAGAUAUGCUAGGUGGUAAUGGUAUAUCAGAUGAAUAUCAUGUUAUACGUCAUGUAAUGAAUCUUGAAGCUGUUAAUACUUAUGAAGGUACACAUGAUAUACAUGCUCUUAUACUUGGUCGAGCAAUUACUGGUCUUCAAGCUUUUACACCUGAUAAUUAGAUUCAAAUAGUGGACUGUGGAUAUAGAACAUAACGCCCAAAUAUGUUCAGGGAUUUGUAAUGCAAAGGAUUGUUGUUCAAUCCAAACUCUGUUAAUGGCAGUGCUGAAAAUAUGGUGAUAUUAAUGAAAAGAAUCCUAAAGUUGACUUGAAUCAAUAUGUGUAGUUACAUGAAAAAAAGAAACAGCUAUAUUUUACACGGAUAACAACUUAAAUUCACAAAGGAUGCUUUCUACCAGUUUGUCCUUGGCAUUGAUUUUGUUAGAAUUUUAUAUACCCAUUUAAAGCUAGGUCAACUGGAAUUAUGAGUGAAGAUGACUUAUAUAAGGUCAUCAUACUUUCACACUCUGACCAAGAUUAGAACCCACAAUUGCCAUUUGUUUGGCAUAACCAAGCAAAUAUUGUAAUGAACCAACGUUUUAACUGGCUGUGCUAAAGUAUAUAUAUAGUUGAAGUCCAACAGAGCAGAUAUUUUUAUGAUUAUAUAUCUUUCAAUAUGAAAUAAGAUAGUCCAGUGAAUGGUAGUAAAAAUCACAGUAUUUGUCUCUCAUGCCAAAAAAAGGGUUAUUUUCUUACGUUAUGUCAUGAUGUCUUGUGUCUAAAUCAGGUGAUAGAUUUGAAGUCCAAUCAUGUAUUAUCAAAUAUAUUAUGUAAUAUGUGUGAUGAAAUAUUUUAUUAUAAUGGUUUGAUGAAGACAACUUGUUUUUUAAGUCUGAUCGUUUGUACAUUAAGCCUCUGAAAAUGGCCAAAAUUGUGUUAUUAUUUAUUUCUCUAUCAAUAAAUCAAUUCUUCUAUGAUUGAAAUGCAUCAUAUUUACCUAAUUCACAAAAUAGUCCACAAGAAAUAGUCAUGCUCAUGAUAUGAAUAUUCGUAUAUUUCUAUAAACAAUGCUCAUAAGUUCUUUGGUUAGCUUUUUUGAUAUCCGCUACUGGCUAAAUGCACACUCCAUGAGAUACAAUGU